GCGUGGGGAGCGCUGGGAGCGGCGGCCGCGCGCCGGGAGCUGAGUGUGUAAAAAUGGAAUUUCAAGCAGUAGUAAUGGCAGUUGGAGGGGGAUCUCGGAUGACAGACCUGACUUCCAGCAUUCCUAAGCCUCUUCUUCCAGUUGGGAACAAACCUUUAAUUUGGUAUCCAUUGAACCUGCUUGAGCGUGUUGGAUUUGAAGAAGUCAUUGUUGUUACAACUAGGGAAGUCCAAAAGGCUCUAUCUGCGGAAUUCAAGAUGAAAAUGAAGCUAGAUAUUGUGUGUAUUCCUGAUGAAGCUGACAAGGGAACUGCAGAUUCUCUGCGCCACAUAUAUCCAAAACUUAAGACAGAUGUACUGGUCCUGAGCUGUGAUCUAAUAACAAAUGUUGCCUUACAUGAGGUUGUGGACCUAUUCAGAGCUCAUGAUGCUUCACUCGCCAUGUUAAUGAGAAAAGGUCAAGAUGGCAUAGAACCAGUUCCAGGUCAAAAGGGGAAAAAAAAAGCAGUGGAGCAGCGUGACUUCAUUGGAGUGGACAGCACAGGAAGGAGGCUGCUCUUCAUGGCUAAUGAAGCAGACUUGGAUGAAGAGCUGGUCAUUAAGGGAUCCAUCCUGCAGAAGCACCCUAGAAUACGUUUCCACACAGGCCUUGUGGACGCCCAUCUCUACUGCAUGAAAAAAUACGUCGUGGACUUCCUGAUGGAAAAUGAGUCAAUCACUUCUAUCCGGAGUGAACUGAUUCCAUACCUAGUAAGAAAACAGUUUUCCUCAGCUUCCACACAACAAGGACAAGAAGAAAAAGAGGAAGAUCUAAAGAAAAAGGAGCUGAAGUCGUUAGAUAUUUACAGUUUUAUCAAAGAAGCCAAUACACUGACCUUUGCUCCCUAUGAUGGCUGCUGGAAUGCCUGUCGAGGAGACAGAUGGGAAGACUUAUCCAGAUCACAGUUGCGCUGCUAUGUCCACAUAAUGAAAGAGGGGCUCUGCCUUCGAUUGAGCACCCUGGGACUCUACAUAGAAGCAAACAGACAGGUGCCCAAAUUGCUACCUGAUCUUUGUCCAGAAGAAUCCCUGGUCCAUUCAUCAGCCCAGAUUGUCAACAAACACUUGGUUGGCGUUGACUGCCUCGUCGGGCCAGAUACACAGGUUGGAGAGAAAUCAUCCAUUAAGCACUCAGUCAUUGGUUCAUCCUGCAUCAUAAGAGACAGAGUGACUAUCGCCAAUUGCCUUCUCAUGAACUCAGUCACCGUGGAGGAAGGUGAUGAACGGCUGAAGCUUUCUGGACAGUGGCUUGGACACCUGCCCAAGGUCCUCGGGGCUGAAGGGAUGCUAAUAGGACCACCUUGGGGAAGGUGUAGGCGAGACUAUGCAGAGACGGCUCCUGCCUGUCUUUCUCAUUUUCUACCACUUCCAAUUUAUAUGACAGCUGAUGCUCAGCAAUCCAAAGUCUAGUGGAAACUUCAUUGUCAAGACUUCCAUGUCAGUCCUGUGUUCUGCAUCUUUGGCCCUUAGUCCUGAGCAACAUCUCCUGCAUUUUCUCCAAGUCCAAGGUGAAUGACCUAAGCUGCAGUCUAGGGUGGCACCUUUACAUGUAGGCAGGCCAGGAAACCAGGUUUUCACCUAGAUUUUCCAUGCUUUCUGCAAGCAGCAAGUGCAGCCCUCAGGACCAAACAAGAUGAUACUACUGCUCACUGUUAUCCUGAAUGUUCUCUUCACCUACAUUCAACUGACUGCCCUGCCCACUGGGUCCCUUACUUUUCUACAACCCUUUAUUCCUGACAUUCAUUCUGCCUGAAUUGCCUCUCUCUAGAGAUCUUUACCUAUAGAAAUCCUACUCAUCUUUCAAGGUCCAAUACGUAUUCUAGUUCCUACAUGCAGCUUUCUUGAAUUGUCCUAGCAAGAAAUCAUUUUCCCCAUUUCUGUGUUCCCUGUGCACCCAUAACACUUUACUUAUGCUCACAUGACACUGUACCUUUCUCUUUUCCUCAACAAGACUGUAAGUUCCUUGAAUAGAGAAAUACUUCUCGUAUGUAUUUGUAUUACUUAACUCCUAAUGCUGUACAUUGUAUAUACUAGAUACUAUGUAAGUAUUUACUGAAUGAAAAUUAUUUAAACCCCUCUACUAUAAGUGGCUGAGUAUCUGUCAAGAGAGCCCUGUCUACUUCUAGAAAAAAAUCUCAGAGUAUUUUACUCCUUGAAGCUCAACAAAUGAAAAUAAAUCCUGGAUUACUGCCACACAUACCCAUACACAGACUAAAGAAUAUCUGCCAGACACAUAAAAUUUAGAUCAUAUCUGCCCUGCCAGGUGGCUCAACUAGAGCAUUGUCCCAUACCCCUAAAGGUUGCAGGUUUGAUUCCCAGUCAGGGCCCAUACCUAGGUUUUGGGUUUG